AUGUGCAAGCUACUCCUCCUUCUUGCACUUCUAGGAAGCACUCAAGCCCAACUCUCCCUAUACAUACCCGAUACUGACCCUCAGCCUUUGUCUGCUAUCGAGCUCGGUGUGGGAGAGAAUGGGAGGACGACAUGGGAGAUCUUACCUGGGGAGCCCACGGGCACUUGGGUUCGACAGGCAGAUGGGUUCCCUACACUAACCUUGGUCGAAGGAGCCCAAGAUGCCAUCCUCACCGGCGCUCCAGAUCUAUCCUUUGCAGUAUCCUGCACACUCCUCCCCACAACCCCCGGGCAAUCCACACCCUUAGCAAGUUGUACAAACCUCGACGGCGGCGCAGGGUGGGAAGAAGAUGCCGCUCCUAUACUUGUACAGACCGGGGCGGAUCCGACGGGGGAUACGACAGCCACUUCUGGAGGGACGAGUGCGCAGAGCACGACACGCGCUAUUAGCCCGAAUGGACCUGUGAGUGGGAGUCCAGUGGUGCCGAGCAGCUCGAGCAGGCCACAGGGGAGCGGGGCACUUCCUUCACUCCCAGGUUUAGGCGCGAUUUGGAUCAAAGUGGGGAUGGUUGCUAUUGGGUUGGCAGUGUUUGGUAUAUGGUAA